AUGAACCAAAUCCUCACUUUUGCUUUGCUCUUCAUAUCGUUCUUUCUUAUCCUUGACACUACCAAAUGUGAUGAAGAUGAAACAUUGGCUAAAGAUGCAUUACUCAAGUUUAUUGCAGAGCUUUCUAACAAUAAUAGUACAUUAAUUCUUGGAACUAAUUCAGGCUGGAACUCAACAUCAGAUCCUUGUGAGGAUAAUUGGCUUGGUGUUACAUGUAAUGCAAAGACACUUUCUGUGGAGAGAAUCAUUCUUGAUGAUUACAAUUUCUAUGGAACUUUUGAUGCCAACACAAUUUGUAACGUGGAGUCAAUCGUGGACACCCUUUUUUACCUCAGUCUAAAAAAUGACUUACUUCAGGGAAAAAACAUGGAUAGCAUAGACAAGUGCAAACAUCUAACACACCUUUUCCUAGGUGGAAACCGGUUCUCGGGUAGCCUUUCACAAUCAUUUUCAAGAUUGAAUAACUUGAAAAGGCUUGAUAUAUCCAAAAAUGAAUUAUCAGGGGUUUUGCCUGAUUUAUCUACGAUAUCAGGUUUGAUGGAAUUCGAGGCUCAAAAUAACCAGCUAUCAGGGGAGAUACCUGAAUUUGAUUUCUCCAAUUUUGUUGCAUUUAAUGUCUCAUUCAAUAAUUUCGGUGGAUUGAUUCCGCCUGAGGGUGAUCGUUUCCCUGUUAGUAGCUACAUGGACAAUCCUCUGUUGUGUGGCGCCCCGUUGGCAACAACAUGCUCAUCAUUGCCCGAAGAGGCAGACUCAGAUGAUCAUGACAAGCCAAAGAGAAACUUGUCAAGAGAUGAAAUUCUCAUGUUUUCAGGUUAUAUUCUAAUUGGCCUGGCUCUGGUUUUUGUUAUCCUACUAUGCGUCUACAAAAAAAGGAAACAGAAGCAAAAGAAAAAGGAGUUGAGUCUCGAGGCGAUGAAAAAGGUGGCUGCAUUUGAUCAUGAUAGUGACAGGAUUACUAUUACAUCAAUGGAUCAAUCUAAGAAAGGCGCGAGCAAUUCAGGUUUCUCAUCAGCUGCAGUUUCUUCUGAUGAAAGCAACGCCGCGAUUUCACAGUCACUCGUGGUUCUUACGAGUCCAGAGAUGAAUAAUGGAUUGAAAUUUGAGAAUUUGCUGAAGGCUCCAGCUGAGUUACUUGGAAGAGGGAAACAUGGUAGUGUUUAUAAAGUGAUGUGUGAUAAUCCUAACAUGACUUUGGCUGUAAAGAGGAUAAAGGAUUGGUCAAUAUCUGGUAGUGAGUUCAAGAAGAGAAUGCAGAAACUUGACCAAAUCAGGCAUCCAAAUGUGUUGCCUGCUGUUGCCUUUUAUUCCUCUAGACAAGAGAAGCUUCUUGUCUAUGAGUACCAAAAUAAUGGUAGUCUUCUUCGACUUCUGCAAGGAAUCCACACGGGCCAAAUGUUUCAUUGGAGCAGCAGACUUUCUAUAGCAGCAGGUGUAGCCGAUGCUUUAGCGUUCAUGCAUCAAGAGCUUCAACAUGACGGAAUUCCUCAUGGAAACUUAAAAUCAUCCAACAUUUUGUUGAACAACAACAUGGAACCAUGCAUCAGUGAAUAUGGUCUAAUGAGCAGCACAGAAAUUAGUACUAUACAAAACCAGGCUCAAUUUCCCAGCAGUUCCAAUGUCUUCCCUAUAACCGACGAAAAUGCAGAAGCAAUGUUUAAAGCAGACAUUUAUGCAUUUGGGGUAAUUCUUUUGGAGUUACUAACAGGGAAAGUGCAAAACAAUGGACUAGACCUUGCAAGUUGGGUUGUUUCUGUACUAAGAGAAGAAUGGACAGUUGAAGUUUUUGAUAGAACAUUGAUACAGGAAGGUGCUAGUGAAGAGAGGAUGGUUAAUUUGUUACAAGUUGCUGUAAAAUGUGUGAACCAUUCUCCUGAGGCUAGGCCUAGUAUAAACCAAGUUGCUCUGAUGAUUACUACUAUACGAGACGAGGAUGAUAGGUCCAUCGACGUUUCUGCAAGUACUAGUACUAUCAUCUAA